CUGGUACCAGUUGUACCCUGGUACUCUGAUGCACCGUAUAUCCAGUGCUCGGUGUGGUACACUGCUCAGUGACAGUGACUGUAUUUUCUUUUAGAAAUUUCCGAAGAAACAAUGACAGUUCCAGUUAGCAUUUAUUUGUCAGUAAGUUUAUGUAUUUUAUUAUCUCAUUCGACAAUAGCUGUUAAUAAAUAUUCCGCCGAAGCAAAUACAGAGAAAUAUGAAGCUUCUCCGCAAUUUCCAACCACUCUUCGUGAGUUGGACAAACCGUUUCGCAUGGCAAAAUUAAAUGUACUCUGGAUUAAAGCGAAAAACCGUUUGACCGAUAUGAAACUGCAGUCAAUAUUCAGUGAUUUGCAAAUCCAUGACAAAGAAGAAAUUGCGUUUAAGCAUUUUAAAUCGAAUGGGGAAGAUCCGAAUGGAGAAGAGGAGGCACGUUUGCGAAAAAAGCUUAUUGGGAUUAUGAGCACGUAUGGAUUGUUAGAACAUUUUGAUGAUACAGAGGAUCCAAAGUUACUAAAGAAACACAAGCCAUUAAAUGAUGGUAGUAACUAUGUUGCCAAAGAUGUAUUUAGAGACAAAAGAUUGAACAAGUUAUGGGCUAAAGCUGAACAUGGAGGCUUUACGCACGAAGAACUACAAACUUUGAAGGAAGAGUUUCAACAUCAUCAGGACAAAGUAGACGAAUACAUGAAUCUUUUAAAAGAUGUGGAAGCUGGAGAUACAGAAAUACAUGAAAAUAGUUUAUACCAUAAGCCAGAAAGCUGGAAUGAAAUAGAUAAAAAGGAAGAGUCAGACAAUGUUCCAGUACAGAAGUUAGAUUACUUGGAAAAAGCAACUUUACUUCGGGAAAAGCAUUCGGAGAUCAGAAACGGGUAUGAUCGAUUGGACGAAUUAACUGCUACUGGUCCAAAACAUAAAGAAUUUGUAGAACCGAAAGUACAAGGAUUGUGGCGUAUUGUAUUAGAGGGUUCGUUCUCUCCGGAUGAACGUGCUUCAUUGAAGGAGGAACUUCUGCAUUAUGAAAGAAGAUUACUCAAGUUACGUCAUCUGCACAAAGAAGCGGCUUUAGAAGCAGCGCGUCAGGGGAGUUCUGAUUUAGACAGCAUUACCUCGCAACAACACAUAAAACAUCACGCUAGAACAAUAGAAAAGCUUCACAGGGAUCUUGAAUCAAAAAUAAUACAAACUCACUCUGAACUUUAAACGCAUUUCAAAACUAGUUUGCUAAGUUUAUACAAAUUGUUACUUUUUAAUUAAUCACAAUGAGAAAAUAUGUUUAAAAAAAAU